AUGAGGUGGCGUCUGACCUUGGACAAGCGACGAGGCUCCAAAACACUUCCCGAAGCUGAAACUCAAGCCAAAGUAGGUUAUGGUGACUGGUGGUCUGCAGUCGCUCUCAUCAACCACAGCUUCCUAAAUCCAGGCGGAAGGAUUACGGAGAAGUACUGCCAGCAAAUCGACGAAAUGCAUCAGAAGCUCCGAAAUAUGUGCCCCUUGACAUUGGUCAAUAUGAAGGAGCCAAUUCUCCUACACGACAACGUUCGGCCAGACGUUGCACAACCAACCCCGCCGGACCACUCGCCCACCGACUACCAGUUUUUCAAACACCUCGACAACUUCCUUCGCGAGAAAUGCUUUGAUUACGAUGACGAUGCCAAAAAUGCCUUCAAUGAUGAAUUUGCUUCUCGUUGGCAAAAGUGUACUAAUUCUAAUGGUUUUUAUUUUGAUUAA